AUGCAGAAUAGCAAUCCCUCAUCAACUCCAAUUGUUAUGGGAAACGCUUUGUCGAAAAGCCAAUGCCCUCAAGAAGGACAGGAAAAGUUAAAUGUACCUUAUGCUCAGGCAAUAGGUAGUUUGAUGUACGCCAUGUUGUGUACACGACCGGAUUUAGCUUAUCCAGUCGGAUUAGUAAGCAGAUACCAAAGUAAUUCCGGUUCUGCCCAUUGGGAAGCAGUGAAGAGGAUUAUGAAGUACAUCAAAGAAACUAAACACUUGAAAUUAUAUUUUCAAGCAGAAAAACUUGAGGUCAUUGGAUACUCUAACGCUGACUUUGGAGGGGAUAGAGAUGACUGUAAAUCCACCUCUGGACAUGAGUUUAUAUAUGGAGGUGCAGCUGUUUCUUGGGGCAGUUAG